GUUACGAGGCGCCGGAGGCCGGACCGCGUAAUGAUAUUCCAAGUUUUUCAGAUUACUUUUUGUGAUCUUAUCGCGAAUUAUGUUUCAUUGUGAGGGGCAGAGUUACGUAAAGUGAAAUUUCUUCAAGUUUGUCGUAAAUACUAUAGAAAUUGUGGUUCAGUUGUGCUUGAAUUCUGUCGGUGUCGUGGUCGUUGAAUCAGAGGGCGAACUUUUCCCGAUCAGUUCAUCUCAGUUUUGGAUUUUGUCACAACCCCUAUUUCUCCUCCUCACAGAUUCAACACAUUUUACUAUUUCUGGACUGUCACGGAUAAAUUUGUUAUCCUUCGCUACUUUUUAAUUUUGUGUCUCUACUUUCUUAUCAUGUGAACCGAUCAUGACAGACUUGGUGCCAACCUUAGGUUAGGUUCAAUGUCCUGUAACCUACAACUUAUCAUUACCUCUUUAUCUGUCAGGCGAUAGUACACAGCUCUUUUAAAAUGGACACAAGAGACGAAGAAGAAAAGCAUGCAGCCCCUGAAGGUGGCUGGGGCUGGAUUGUUUGCUUGGCUUAUGCUGUAAAUAAUAUGAUUAUUAUUCCUGGUUUUCAAAUAUUUUCUCUUCUCUAUCACGAUGUUUUUAAGGACAAUGGCUUUGAAUCUGAAAUGAGUGUAGUUGUCAGUGUUAAUGCUGCGUUUGGAAUGUUUCUAGGUUUACUCAAUGGGCCUAUUUUAGGUACAUUUAGCUAUCGUAAAGUAGCUAUCACGGGUGCUUCUCUAAUGUUCAUCGGAAAUCUGAUGACAAGUCGCUCAACUUCGUUUGUAGAGUUUUUAAUUUUCUACAGUUGCUUGGUUUCUGUUGGUGCUAAUUUGGUCAUGGCAUCAUACACCCUAGCUUUAAAUACAUACUUUGUCAGAAGACGAGGGAUGGCGACAGGUAUUGCAAUGACAGCAACUGGUGUCGGCCCCAUCAUAAUGCCACUCUUUGUGAAGUAUCUAAUGACUAGUUAUGGCAGUGCGAAGUACGCUGGUUUGAUAAUUGCUGCUCUUUCACUUCACUCUUUUGUUGGUGCCCUCUUGCUCCAACCUGUCAAAUGGCACCGCAGAACGAAUGUCUACUCGAAGGCUCCAAUUAUCAAAGCUAAUACAACACCUAUCAAGGAAGAAAUACCUUUGAAAGAAAUGAAUGGAGAAACAUCAUUGCUUAAAAAUGGAGCGGAUACUAAACCUGAAGAUGAUGCGGAAAGCAAUGGAUCAUGCAAGAAAUCAAAAAGUGCUGCAAGUAGUUCAUCCUCAUCAGAUGAUGAGAAUGAAGACGGAAAGAGUAAAAAGAAGGAGGACCAAAGAUCAGGAGACAAAAAAGAUUCAGAUCCGGAGGAAGGAAAACAACUCUUGGAAAAGCUCAGAGACCAAGAUGAACAACAGAAAAAAGCAGAAGCAUCAGAGACAACCAAGUCCAGACGUCGACUGAUUGACCUGUUUAACUUCCAACUGUUCAAAGAUUUUGGCUAUGUCAGUAUCAUCGUAGGACUGUCUUUAGCAUUCGUCGGGGAAAUGAAUUUUUCCCUCAUGUUUCCCUCAGUCCUUCAGCAGAUGAGCUAUAAUAUUGAUGAAACUGCCGUUUUCAUGUCUGUCCUUGCAAUUGCAGAUAUUUGCUCUCGCUUUACAACACCUUUUCUAAAUAAGUACUCAAGACGUUAUGCUCGACUGUUCUUCACUCUCAGUCUUGUAUUUGGUCUUUUUGCCAAGUCUGGUGUUAUUUUGUUCAAGAGCUCAUAUUCUGCACUGGUAGUAGUUGCAAUUGCCCUAGGUGUAGCCAAAGGGUUCCGAUCUGUAUAUAUGACUCUCAUUAUUCCAAAUUAUGUCAGCUUGGACUUAUUACCCUCUGCGACUGGUAUUCAGAUGUUCUCAAACGGUCUUGCCUUAGGAUUAAUGGGAAAAAUCUUUGGCGUCGUGAACACAAAGUACGGGAAUAACGCUUGGAUACUCACCAUCAACUGUUUCACGCUAGCUACAAUAAUACUAUGGACUGUGGAAUAUUUGGUGAAGAAAAAAACAAAAAGGAAACCAUCAAGACAGACAGGUCUAACUGCCUAAGAUAAUGUAGUCAUUAUUCUCCUCUAGAAAAAUUGUUUUAAUUUUUUUUUAUUAUUGAUUUUUUUAUUUGUUGGAUGUAAGCAGAAUUUAUGUUGCAUCUUUUUAUGCACAAGUAUACAGAUGUACAGCCUUUCUUUUUUUCAACUUGUCAAGGACUCUCUACAACCCCUCAAAUAUCUUUUGAUAAAACAGUUGGUGUACGUAUUGCACUAUUUGGGAGGAUAGGGAUGGUAUUUGGUGAGUGUUAAGAUCCAUUCCAAAAUGUUGCAAACAGGAUGAGAGAGGAUAUAACUGGCUGUUUUAAUGUAAUCAUGUCAUUGCAGAACAAACAAUCUUUAUGAGGAUGUAUCAAUACCAGUGAGGGGGCAACAAAUAGCAGAAGAAUUUGUAUUAUAAUUAGCCACCCUGGUCAGGAGAAGGCAUGUAAAAUGUGUAAAUUAUUUGACAGAAAUUCCCUCUUAUAAUUAGUAAGUUGACAGGUAUUUUUCGUGUACUCCGCUAAGUAAGCCUCUUUCUGACUCUUAUGGUCAAAAUAUUUCUUUUUAAUGUGCCUUAUUUGCGCAACAGUACUGUAAUUUGUCUUUCUGUUAUUUUUAUUUGAGAUAACCGGAACUGAUAGUCCUUUUAAGUGUAAUUUUAAUCUUGUAAAGUUAUGAAAUAAUGAUACAUUUAUUUUUUUUUUUUUAACUGCAGGAAUUGAACUAAAAAUAAUGGGUCUCUUUUCUCAAAUGGUCUGUUUUGCUUUUAGAUUUAUUUUUUUUCUAUCAACCAUUUGAAAAGUUAUUUGUAUAAUUAGCGUUUUUGUAUUGAACAAAGGCGAUCAGAGGCACUAGUCAACAGAUGCAAGUUGGUGAUCAUACGAUCAUAUUCAAGGUGAUGUCAUGACUCUGCACUAUGUAGAGCACUGUCUCUACAGAGGGAAAAAACUCUCCUUUAGAGCAUGAUUCCCUUCUUGGAGUUAGACUGUUUGGCACAACACUAAUGGGAAUUUUUUUGUUGCAAUUUUUAUAAUGGGUUAGCAAUAACUUCAUGACAGUCUUACAUGACAAGCAGCUUCAGAAGCUCUGCAUGUAGGAUUUCCCCGCCUCCCUUGCCAACCAAGUAACUAUGCUUCAGGUCAUUAAUUGAAUUGCUUCAUGUCAUUUUUUGUCAUUUGCAAUUGUCAAUUUUUUUUUUUUCAAUUCUGAGAUUCUUGGUUUCUAAUAUUCUCAAUCAUCCUAGAGGUAUAAUACUUGUCUUUUGGGUUUGAACUCUUCUUGGAAGAAGGAGGGUCAUGCCCCAUUUUUGCAAAUCGUGAGCUAACUGUCAAUGUUCAUCUUUCAUUGUAUGCCUCUCAACACUGGUGUAUGACUGAAUCAAGUCACCAUAGAAAUAAAUACUACCAUAUAACUUUCAUUAAUUUUUAAUUCAAAUAAAGUCGGAGCUUACAAAUUUGCUUUUUCAAUUCUGCGGAACCGACUGUGGACGAAAAGUGCAAAAAUUGCUGUUUGAGGUUUAUUCCUGAUGA